GAGAAUAUGAGUUAGAAGGUUCGGUGACACGUGCUAACGUUUACAAAAACACCGCUUUUGAAACUGUUGAUUGUGAAUACUAUCUCACUCAAUGUGAAUCCAACCUUUAUGCAUCCCAACUUAAUUUCCUCCCACUUAACGUGAAAAGUUACAUGCAACGCGAACAAAUUUCUAAUCAAACUCAUCAAACAGAGGCGGCGGUUCAAGAUUGGUUUAAUAAAUUGAUGACUCAAUUUUCCUCAAGAUGGGAUAAAAUCACUGCAAAAGAUACACAUGAUGUAGGAUAUCUCAACGGCUUAAUGCCAGAUAUCAGCAUUUUUAAGACAGAAGAUGUUGUAGAAGGUGCUUAUAUUCCCUUGGUAGUUCAAACGAUUCUGGAGUUGAAGGUACAGAAGAGACAUACUGGCUUUUUUAAUGAAGAAAAGGGACAACUUAUAGACUAUAUUCGUAUUCUCGUUCGACAACAACCAUUGCGCAAACUUUUCGCAAUAUUUUUAUCAGACGGGUCUUACUUUUAUGUCAUGUCAUUUAAUAGGCAUACUAAAGAGUAUCAGGAGUAUUUAACCAAUCUUACGGAAGGAUUGCGCCUUUUUUAUACAUUGAUCCUCCGAAAAUCAGAUUUUGUAAGAGCUAUCGGAGUUAGGAGUAUAACCUUCAAUUUUAAACAUUCUCACACUCGUUCAAGAUCCAUUAAUAUACGUCUAGAGGAGUUUUUAGGUCAGGGUUCAUCUGCUGAUGUAUACAGAAUCAAAUGGAAUAAUAGACCAGCUGUUAUAAAGAUAAUAACUGAUCCUGAUGACUCUGUCACAGAGCGUGAAGUGGGAAUUCUAAAACUUUUAAAAAAUUCAAAUGUCCAGAACAUUCCCGAAUAUGUUACACAUGACAGUGAAAAGAUUAUUAUGUACCCUGUUUGUAAGCGAAUCAACAAAAAACUAUUUCAGGCAAAACAUGUUAGGGAGCUUCUACAAAUUUUGGAGAAAAUUCAUUCAAUACCAAUUUACCACCGAGAUGUACGUCCCUCAAAUAUUAUGUUAGAUACCAGCACUGAUUCGCUCAUCCUUGUUGAUUGGGGGUCAGCUGUUCAUAAUCCUAUUAGUGAAGUGACUUAUGAGGGAACAUCAACAUAUGCUUCAAAUAAUAUUUUAAAUAAUGAUAUGGGACCUUACACUCCGCAACCAACAGAUGACUUACAUUCAUUCGUUCGUACAAUGUACAUUCUGAUUAAUCCAUUGAGACAACCGAAAGAUUUGAAAUCAAGUGUAAAAAUUAAAGAUUAUUGGGAUCAUGAACUAAAUGAUCGUCCAUUAUGGAAAGAGAUGUUGACUGCUGCAGAUGAAAAUAACAUUGAA